ACAACACUGAGGCCUUUGUUAUUGUGAAUAACUUAUGUUGCUUAGCGCAUUUGAGAACUUUAUGUGAAAUAUUUGAUGAAAUAUGGUCGAAUCGAUGCAAGAAGAUACAAAUUUGUCACGGCGAGCACAAAGUUUAACCAAGGACGAAAAAGCUGACGCAAACCAAGCAGACAUGACUGCAAAUGAAAAGAAAUCAGAUGAAGAUGUUUUUGCUAAACCAGACAAUGAGAACGAAGUAAAUGAUGUGCAACAAGGUUUGCUCGGUCGCUUAUCUGGAACUGUUUACAACACAACAAAAUAUGCCGCCGGUACAGCGUAUGGUGGAGUAACCUGGGUUGCUGGAGGUGUCUUGUCCACGACUGGCACCGCUAUUGGUGCAACUUAUAACACUGUUUCAUCCUUCUCGCCUGUAACUAUAUUCAGGAAAGGAAGCAAGAGUAAAUCAGAUUAACUCAUCAAAUGGAUGAAUAAAUUACUGGGAAAUCAGCAACAUUUUCGCGUAAAUAAUACCAUUUGCGAUAACCAUUUUGAAGAAACUGUUACUGGUCUUCGUAUAUUUAAUAAUUUGGAGGGAAGAUAUUAGGAUAAUAUAUUUACACUGUAGUAUCACAUGGUCUUUUAAAUCUAUGCCUGUUUUAUUGCAUGCAUAAUUUCCUGCUACAUAUUGCGUCAUACAGUAUGUAUCUCAUACAUAGUCUUUAUCAGUGGUCUUUAUACUGUACACUGUACCGUUCCAGAGAGACACCCGUACCUUGCCAGAUUUUUUGAAGCAUAUUGUAAAACCAUAAUUUUUUUUCUGGGCCGAGAGAUUUUACCUGCAAUUUU